CGCGGCAGGUGUGAAGAGAUGGCGGGGGAGCCACCGGCGGGCACUGGCCGGGUGGUGCUGGUCAAGAAGAUCAUCAUGAAGGACGGAGCAGCGUUCCAGCAGGGUAUCGGCAGACCCAGUGUGUAUCACGCGGUGGUGGUGAUCUUCCUGGAGUUCUUCGCCUGGGGUUUACUCACCACGCCCAUGCUCACUGUUUUACACGAAACCUUUCCCCAGCACACGUUCCUGAUGAACGGACUCAUUCAGGGGGUGAAGGGUCUGCUGUCUUUCAUGUCCGCCCCUCUGAUCGGCGCGUUGUCGGACGUGUGGGGCAGGCGCUCCUUCCUGUUGGUCACCGUCUUCUUCACCUGUGCUCCGAUCCCUCUGAUGAGGCUCAGCCCCUGGUGGUACUUCGCCAUGAUCUCCAUGUCCGGAGCUUUCUCCGUCACCUUCUCGGUCAUCUUCGCCUACGUCGCCGAUGUGACAACGGAAAGAGAGAGGAGUACAGCCUACGGUCUGGUGUCGGCCACUUUCGCAGCCAGCCUGGUGACGAGUCCAGCCAUCGGGGCGUACCUGUCAGCCUGGUACGGGGACAACUUGGUGGUUCUGUUGGCCACGCUGAUCGCUCUGGCCGACAUCUGCUUCAUCCUGCUGGCCAUGCCCGAGUCUCUGCCGGACAAGAUGAGGCUCAACACCUGGGGGGCGCCCAUAUCCUGGGAGCAGGCCGACCCCUUUGCUUCCCUGAGGAAGGUGGGUCAGGACUCAACUGUCUUACUGAUCUGCAUCACUGUGUUCCUGUCGUACCUGCCGGAGGCUGGACAGUACUCGAGCUUCUUCCUCUACCUGAGACAGGUCAUAAAUUUCUCCUCCACGACCAUUGCUGUUUUUAUUGGAGUGGUGGGCAUCCUGUCCAUCGUAGCUCAGACUCUCUUCCUCACUCUCCUGAUGAGAACUCUGGGUAAUAAAAACACUGUUCUGUUGGGUUUGGGCUUUCAAAUCCUUCAGCUGGCCUGGUACGGCUUCGGAUCAGAGCCAUGGAUGAUGUGGGCGGCUGGUGCUGUAGCAGCCAUGUCCUCCAUCACCUUCCCUGCUGUUUCUGCUCUGGUGUCGCAGUCUGCUGAUCCUGAUAAACAAGGUGUGGUUCAGGGGAUGAUCACAGGGAUCAGAGGCCUGUGUAAUGGUCUGGGUCCAGCUUUGUAUGGAUUCAUCUUCUUCCUCUUCAAUGUCGAGCUCAACACCAUGGACCCCAUCCAGGGAGACUACAACAUCGACCCCCUGCCUCUGCACAGUCCCACUGAGCGGGCGCUCAUCCCCGGCCCGCCCUUCCUGUUGGGGUCGUGUACCGUGGUCGUGGCCUUCCUCGUUGCUCUCUUCAUCCCUGAGAAGCCCUCCUGCUCCUCCUCUUCCUCCCAGCUGUCCCUCAGCGACAAGCCCCUCCCAGACAGCAAGGAGUCGAUGUCCUCACUGGCCGGCAUCCACAUCAACACGCCCCUCCCGGGCAGCGAUGAGGAUACCCCUCCCACCGCCAGCGACGAGGACUUUGAGCCACUGCUGCAGGACAGUAUUGUUUGA